AUGGGUUUGAUCAAACGUGCUUUGAAGAUCGCCACCGCGGGCAGCGUAGCCUCCAUUGGUGUCUUCUGGGGAGCCACGCGCAAUGACGUCUUCGAGCCCAUGCAAACCUCCGAUCCCAUCUUCCAAUCGCCCUUCUUCAAGAAAUUCAACCCCGAAAAGAACCCGACCCUGCAUGACCUCUGUGUCCGUCGCGUUCCCCUAGACACGAUCAAGCCCGAGCUGCUGGAAAACAAGGGCAAACUGACCGAGGCUUUCUGUGCUGGUAUCUGGGGUGGCAUGGGUUACAUCGUCCAACGCGCCUACCUCGCAAACAAAUACCAGAGCCCUGAGACCGCUUCCCAGCUGUGGAGCCGCAAGGAGCUCCUCGAGAACAACUACGAAGUCGGCACCCUGAUCACCGACCAUUUCGAAGUUAUCGAGAAGACCGAGGAACGGAUCACUGUUCGCUGUGGUGAUACCCCCCGCCACCAAGAUGUUCGCCCCUCUGAUGGCCUCUUCGAGAUCGGUGCUGUGGUCAAGCAAGAGGAGGGCGUUGCCGAGUUUACCCUUAAGAGCUGCUUUUACCAGGGUCUGGGUAAAGCUGAGGCUGCUCCUAUGGGCCCGGUCAUUGUCUGGUUGCACCAGCAAUAUACUAAGCUAUGGAUGGAGACUGGAAUCCUGAAGAAUUGCGUGAAAUAA